GCUCGGAGGAAGCGGGAACGCUCAUCAGCUUCGAGGAUCUGACUCCACGUUGAAUAUAAAAAUCCACAGCUGCACACAUGGCUUGUGAGAAAGAAAUAUGGCAAAAGAUCGGAGAAGGCUUUGUACAGGAGUAUUACAACCAGUUUGACAAUACUAACAGGGUGGCACUGGGUAACCUAUAUUCUGCUGAUGCCUGUUUGACGUGGGAAGGAUCACCCUUUCAAGGGAGGGAAGCCAUUUCUGGCAAACUAGCAAAUUUGCCUUUCAAGCGCAUUAAGCACAUUAUCACAGAACAAGACUUCCAGCCUACAAUAGACAGCUGUAUUCUCAUCAUGGUGUUUGGACAGUUACAGGUUGAUGAUGAUCCACCAAUGGCCUUUCAUCAAGUGUUCAUGCUUAAGAACCAAAACUGCGCCUGGGCUUGCACAAACGACGUGUUUCGGUUGGGAAUACACAACAUACCGGUGUAGUCUGGGUCUGGAUUUCUUGGUUCACACAUAUUGAUAUCCAACUCUGCAUGAGUGCAACGGUAGCGGUGUGUUUUGCAGACAACACAAGGAAUCGUGUGGGAGGUUCCUGUGUGUUUACAGUACAUGUAUCCUCUGCUGUUUACAUGGCAGAUGUUAUGUGUCACAUUACAUUCCUGUUUAAAUAAAAGAAUU